GAUUCUUCCCCUCCGUUUACCCGCUUAAGCCAAAUCUUCGAGGAUUCCUUCCCUAAGGAGUUUGUGACUGAGCACGCAUGCUCAGUUUAAUCGCAGCCAGGUAGAGUUGUCCCGCAGUGUUCAGUUAACGGUAUGGCGGCGCCCGUCUCGGAGGAGCCUGGCCGGCCGUUGCGGCCAGGAAGAAGCAGCAGGAUACUGCUGGUGCGACAUCUGCCCGCCGUGUUGACAGCUGCGGAGAAGGAGGAUUUGCUGAGGCACUUCGGGGCUACGUCUGUGCGGGUCCUCUCAGACCACGGAAGGCUGAAACACACAGCUUUUGCUACUUUUCCCAGUGAAAAUACAGCUGCUCAGGCUUUGUCAAGAUUGCACCAGCUGAACCUUCUAGGCCACACUCUGGUAGUUGAAUAUGCAAAAGACCAAGACAGUGUUCGUAUGCUUAGCCAGUCUUCUCAAUCUGAAAAGGACAAAAGUCUUGAAGACCCAGUGAAAGAAGAAAAGGAACAAAAAGAUCUAAGUUGCCUCAGGAUAGAAAGUGGAAUUGCUCCUAACCAUGGGUUAACUUUUCCUAUAAAUUCUUGCCUCAAAUAUCGAUAUCCCCCACCCUCCAGUGCAAUUCUAACCAACAUAGCAAAUGCUUUGGCAAGUGUGCCUAAAUUUUAUGUGCAGGUUUUGCAUCUUAUGAACAAAAUGAACCUUCCUCCUCCCUUUGGGCCACUUACUGCUCAACCUCCCAUGUAUGAAGAAUAUAUCCCGUUGCCUCCACCUAUUCCACCUUUGCCUCCUGAGGAGCCUCCUUUGCCGGAAGAAGAGGACAGUCAAGAAUCAAGCAAAGAUGAAUCGGAGUAUGAAAGUGCUGAUGAAGAAGAAAAAGAAAGAUUUACAAAACUGAUGGAAUUAGCUACCCUUCAACCCAAACGGCAGAUAUCAACAAAGCAGCAUCGUACAAGAAAACGAAGAAAGAUAAAAGACUUAUUAAACAUCUCCCUACUUGCUCCCCACAGUAAUAUGCAUCCGGCACUGUCACCUUCAGAUGUGUUUGAGCAGCCGCAGACUGUAGGUUUCAAAAAAAUUGAAUUUCACUUUUCUCCAGAGACCCCUGGCAUUCUUCAGAAAAGCCUGGAGAAGGAGCACAAUGAUGACAUUUAUGCAGCACUUGAUGAAAUAUCUAAUGCAGGGUUUGGAAAAAUCUUCCCUGCUCCCAGUUCCAAUCAUAAAGAGGAAAUGGAGGAGGAAGAUGAUGAUGAUGAUGAUGAUGAUGAAAUACCUUCAGAAUUUGUUUCUAAAAGAAAGCUAGAAAAGGGCAGAGUCUCUAGAAAAGAAAUGCAAACCCUAUCUGUCUUCAGAAAUUAUGAGCCUGGUGAGCCGAACUGUAGAAUUUAUGUGAAGAAUCUAUCUAAACAAGUUCAGGAAAUGGACUUGAAGUUUAUAUUUGGAAGAUAUGUGAACUUUUCAUCAGAAACUGAACGUAUAAUGUUUGAUAUACGCUUAAUGAAAGAAGGUCGCAUGAAAGGACAAGCAUUUAUUGGGCUUCCUAAUGAAAAGGCAGCUGCAAAGGCUUUGAAAGAAGUAAAUGGAUAUAUUUUGUUUGACAAACCCAUGGUGGUUCAAUUUGCUCGAUCGGCAAGACCAAAGCUGGAUUCCAAAGAAGAGAAGAAAAAACGAUAAGGCGAAAAGACCUUGAAGAAACAUUCCUGCGUAAAUACUGCAAUAAUUCUGUGUCAUGCAAAGUGUAUCCUUUCCUGUUGUAUCCUUUUUUUGUGUAUAUAUAUAUAUAUAUAUUUUUUUUUUCUGGUAAAAAGUUCUAGAGUUCUUCUCUAGUAUUGCAUUAGGUGGGCAACUACUAGAUCCCCAGUAAUGCAAUUUGUCACUUUACUAACCUGAGCUUAUUUACCAGGGUACCCAUGGAUGUUUCUAGGAAUUACUUUUUUUAAGAUUAUUUCUUAUAUUGAGCAGCACAAUUUGGGCUGCCAGACCUUCAGCAAGUGUAAACUACUCUGCUUACGUCGGUAGAGUUUUAAAUGCUGUUUACCAACUGAAGAUCUGACCUCAACUAUAUAUUUAAAUUACACCAUGCAGUCUUCCAAUUUCAUAAUGACCACUGGGAAAAAUAGGGUGCCCAUAGUAAAGUAAUAUGAUACUUUCAUUAUGAACCUAUAGUUUAGCUAUUGUUUGUUUAUUUUUUGUCUCUCAUAUUGGAUAGAAAACAGCGGAUGAAACAGUAUAAAUGGAGCAAAUUAAAUUUGUAAUCUUCACGUUAGCUCGUCUUGCUUCUUCCUAACUUGCCCCUAGGCUAGUGCUCUCUUCUCUAGGCAAUACAGUAAAAUCUAGCUGUUCCAGACACAGUCUUAGGGUUCGAUCACUUAGUACUCAGGAUUGAACUUCCCCUUCUGCAAAAGGAUGGGCUCCUUCCCUUUUACAGAAAGAACUGCAGUCCAGUGGAGGCUCCUGAUGGGAUGUGGAAAGCAAUUUUCAUUGACUUUCCUCCAACCCCCCUCCCCCCAUUCCAUGCUGUUCUUAGGAGUCAUCCAACCCUCUGGAGCAGCUUAACCAGGUAGGAAGGAGGUUCUGAAGGAAGAAAGAAUCAGUAAAAAAUGCCACCCUGCCCCUACUUGUAAUGUGAGCAUCCUGUGAGCAGUAUUCUGCUUACAAAAUCUCUUUAACUAAGCCUCAGUUUUUAAUCGUUAGCCAAAACUUUAAGCUUUCUAGUUGAAGAAGAUGUGUCGUUUAAUGCACCUUUAAAUCA